UUGACCCUGGUGCCCAAGGGCAUCUGCCUUGUCACUUUUCACCGGGAGUGGCUCCCUUGGCCUGAACCCCAGUCGGCUGAUAACACCAGGCUGUGCUCCCUGGUCCUCAGGCAGGGCCCCUCCCGAGUGCAGACGACAGGGAGACGGUGCGGCGCUGGCAUGGCCGCGGGGGCGCCCGGCCAGGGGCUGCGCGACGAGGCGCGGUGCCCCGUGUGCCUGGACUUCCUGCAAGAGCCGGUCAGCGUGGACUGCGGCCACAGCUUCUGCCUGCGCUGCAUCUCCGAGUUCUGCGACAAGUCCGAUAGCGCGCCGGGCGGCCUCUACGCGUGUCCGCAGUGCCGCGGGCCCUUCGCGCGGGAGGGCUUCCGGCCCAACCGGCAGCUGGCCAGCCUAGUGGACGGCGUGCGGCAGCUGGGGCUGGGCGUGGGGCUGGCGGGGGCGCAGUGCGCGCGCCACGGCCAGGAGCUGAGCCGCUUCUGCGAGGACGACCAGGCGGCGCUGUGCUGGAUGUGCGACACCGCGCCGGAGCACAGGGGCCACCGCACGGCGCCGCUGCAGGAGGCCGCCCGGCACCACCAGGCAAAGCUCCAGAUGGCCCUGGAACUGGUGAGGAAAGAGAUGGAGGAGGCUUUGACACAGGAGGCCAAUGUGGUGAAGAAAACUAUCAUUUGGAAGGAGAAAGUGGAAACGCAGAGGCAGCACUUCCGGCUGGAGUUUGAGAAGCAUCGAGGCUUCUUGGCCCAGGAGGAGCAGCUGCAGCUGCGGCGGCUGGAGCAGGAGGAGCGGGCCACCCUGCAGAGACUGCGGGACAGCAAGAGCCGGCUGGCCCAGCACAGCAGGACCCUGCGGGAGCUGGCCGAUGAGCUGGAAGACAGGUGCCAGCGCCCGGCCCUGGGCCUGUUGGAGGGUGUGGGAGGAGCCUUGAGCCGAAGUAAGAGUGUCACACGGCUGGAACUGGAAACCAUCCCCAUGGAGCUGAAGACAAUGUGUCGCAUCCCUGGGAUGAGAGAAAUGUUGAGGAAGUUCCAAGUUGACGUGAAGCUGGACCCUGCAACGGCGCAUCCCAGCCUCCUCUUGACCGCUGACCUGCGUAGUGUGCAGGACGGAGAAUUGUGGAGGGAUGUCCCCAGCAAUCCCGAGCGAUUUGACACGUGGCCCUGUAUCCUGGGUUUGCAGAACUUCUCAUCAGGGAGGCAUUAUUGGGAGGUCAUGGUCGGGGAAAGAACAGAGUGGGGGUUAGGAAUCUGUGAAGACACAGUGCCAAGAAAGGGGGAGACCACACCAUCUCCUGAGAAUGGAGUCUGGGCCAUGUGGCUGCUGAAGGGGAACGAGUACAUGGUCCUUGCCUCCCCAUCAGUGCCUCUGCUCCACCUGGAACGGCCUCGUUGCAUUGGGAUUUUCUUGGACUAUGAAGCAGGUGAAAUCUCCUUCUACGACAUUACAAAUGGGUCUUACAUCUACACAUUUAGGCAACUGUUCACUGGUCUUCUCCGGCCUUACUUUUUCAUCUGUGACACAACUCCUGUUGUCUUGCCACCUAUGACAGAAGCAGAGUCAGGAGACUGUGCAUCCAGGGAUCAUCUUUACCCUGCUUAUAAGGUUAGAGAUGACCAUUUCUAAGAUUCUGUCCCCGAGAAACACUCCAAGUGUAGCAGCGUUUAUUGGAGUGGAGGAUAUACAAUGCAAAGUCUCAACAAAUGUCCCCAUGUAGGUCAGCACUUUAGUCACUGCUGCUAUGGAAAUUUCCCAUGGGGACAAAAGACAAAAUAUGAAGCAUUUGCAUCUGGAGGCACAUUGCGCAGUAUAAUGAUACUAGAAAUGGAACAUGUCAUCACUCUUUAUCCAGAUGGCUCCACACACUUUCUUGAUGAGUGUCUUCAAAUGAAUGGACCUUGUAUUAAAGAUAUCUACACAUUCAUUAUAAUUUCUCAUCCCUUUCAAUCUCUUUUCAUCCCAAGUCAUCCACAUAUUAACUAUUAGAAAUGGCAAUUCUUAAACUGAUUGAGAGCUGUCCAGUGUCAUUCCAGCAUCAGAUCCAUGACUGUGUUUCUCCUCUUCACUUUUCUUCUCUCUCAUUCCCUCUUUCCUCUUUCUCUCUUGUCUCUUUGCCUCAGUGU